UGCUUCUUUUCCUCCACAACGCUCCACUUUUCAUUCUCUCUCUCUCAAUCUCUCUCUAAAAACUUUCUCCUCUAUUUCUAGUGAGAGAAAGCUUCAUUCUCUACUCUCUUUUCUACUUUACUCUAUUUUUCUUCUGUCUCUCAAAAUCUAAACACCGUUUUCGUUUUUUUUCUUCGAUUUCUCUUCAGAUUUCAACAUGGUUAGGAAGAAGAGAACUGAUGGACCUGGUGGUGCUGAAUCCUCUGAUGGUCAACAGAGGAGUGCGCCUCCUCAACAACAAGCUGCUGUAACUGGAGGUGCAGGACCCCAAGGAGGGGGAGGACCUCAAGGAGGUCGAGGCUGGGCUCCCCAGGGUGGACGUGGGGAUUAUGGAGGUGGACGUGGUGGUUAUGGUGGUGGUCGCGGUGGGCGUGGGAUUCCUCAACAGCAGUAUGGUGGGCCUCCUGAGUAUCAAGGAAGGGGAAGGGGAGGACCUCCACAGCCACAACAGCAGUAUGGUGGCCCGCCUGAGUAUCAAGGCAGAGGCAGGGGAGGGCCUUCUCAGCAAGGAGGCCGUGGAUAUGGUGGUGGCCGUGGUGUAUACAGUGGUGGUGUGGGUGCUUCUGGUGGCCAUGACGUAGUUACUUCAUAUGGCGGCCCACCGAGGCAACCAGUCCCCGAGCUGCACCAAGCAACCUCAGUUCCAUCUGCACCAUAUCAAGUUGUGGUGUCUCCUCCACCUGCACCCCAAUCUGAGGCAAGUUCUUCUCAGCCACCUGAAGUGUCAGAAGUGGGAGAGGAACUGGGACAGAUGACAAUUCAUUCUGAAGAGACUCCUGCUCCUCCUCCUCCUGCAAGUAAAUCAUCAUUGAGGUUUCCCCUUCGACCUGGAAAAGGGAGCACUGGUAAAAGAUGUAUUGUUAAGGCAAACCAUUUCAUUGCUGAGUUGCCGAAGAAAGAUCUACAUCAGUAUGAUGUGACAAUUACCCCAGAAGUGACGUCCAGAGGUGUCAACCGGGCUGUUAUGGAGCAGCUUGUGAGGUUGUAUCGUGAUUCUCACUUAGGAAAGAGACUUCCUGCUUAUGAUGGCCGCAAGAGCCUCUAUACUGCAGGGCCACUCCCUUUUAUCUCUAAGGACUUUAGAAUCACCCUUGUGGAUGAGGAUGAUGGAUCAGGAUCCCAAAGGCGGGAUAGGGAGUUCAAAGUUGUGAUAAAAUUGGCUGCACGUGCAGACCUCCACCACCUGGGGCUCUUCUUAGAGGGAAGGCAAACUGAUGCACCCCAGGAAGCUCUGCAAGUUCUUGACAUUGUUCUCCGCGAGCUUCCUACUUCAAGGUAUUGUCCAGUGGGAAGGUCGUUUUAUUCACCUGAUCUGGGUAGAAGGCAGCCUCUUGGUGAGGGAUUGGAAAGUUGGCGUGGUUUCUAUCAAAGCAUCCGACCCACCCAAAUGGGUCUGUCAUUGAACAUUGACAUGUCUUCGACGGCUUUUAUUGAGCCAUUGCCUGUGAUUGAGUUUGUUACUCAGUUGCUGAAUAGGGAUGUUUCGGCCCGGCCUCUGUCUGAUGCUGAUAGAGUAAAGAUUAAAAAAGCACUUCGUGGCAUCAAAGUUGAAGUUACUCAUCGUGGUAACAUGAGGAGGAAGUAUCGUAUCUCUGGUCUGACUUCACAAGCUACCAGAGAGUUGACAUUCCCCGUGGACGAGAGGGGAACUAUGAAGUCUGUUGUUGAGUAUUUCUAUGAGACAUAUGGUUUUUCCAUUCAACAUACUCAAUGGCCUUGUUUGCAAGUGGGCAAUACACAGAGACCAAACUACCUUCCAAUGGAGGUAUGCAAGAUUGUGGAGGGCCAAAGGUAUUCAAAGCGUCUCAACGAGAGGCAGAUUACUGCUCUACUAAAAGUCACCUGUCAGCGACCCCUUGAUAGGGAACGUGAUAUCAUGCAGACAGUACACCACAAUGCAUACCACGAUGAUCCUUAUGCUAAAGAGUUUGGAAUCAAAAUCAGUGAUAAACUUGCACAAGUUGAAGCUCGCAUCCUUCCGCCACCUUGGCUCAAAUAUCAUGAUACCGGUAAAGAGAAGGAUUGUCUACCCCAAGUUGGCCAGUGGAAUAUGAUGAACAAAAAAAUGGUCAAUGGAGGAACAGUCAACAACUGGUUCUGUGUUAACUUCUCUAGGAAUGUGCAAGACAGUGUUGCACGGGGCUUUUGCUCUGAACUUGCCCAUAUGUGUUAUGUAUCUGGCAUGGCAUUUAAUCCAGAGCCAGUAGUUCCUCCGCUUAGUGCUCGUCCUGACCAAGUAGAAAAGGUUCUGAAAACGCGUUAUCAUGAUGCGAAGAACAAGCUGCAGGGAAGGGAGCUUGACUUGCUCAUUGUCAUUUUGCCAGAUAAUAAUGGCUCUCUCUAUGGUGAUCUGAAACGUAUAUGUGAGACUGACCUGGGGGUUGUUUCCCAGUGUUGUUUAACAAAACAUGUAUUUAAGAUGAGCAAGCAGUACCUUGCAAAUGUGGCAUUGAAAAUCAAUGUUAAGGUUGGAGGUAGGAAUACCGUGCUUAUUGAUGCACUUUCACGACGCAUUCCACUAGUCAGUGACAGGCCUACCAUUAUUUUUGGAGCUGAUGUUACUCAUCCACACCCUGGAGAGGAUUCUAGUCCCUCAAUAGCAGCUGUUGUUGCUUCUCAAGAUUGGCCUGAAGUUACCAAGUAUGCUGGUCUAGUUUGUGCCCAAGCUCAUCGGCAAGAGCUCAUCCAAGACCUCUUUAAACAAUGGCAAGAUCCAGCCAGAGGAACAUUGACUGGUGGAAUGAUCAAGGAGCUUCUUAUAUCAUUCCGUAGAGCUACUGGACAAAAGCCCCAGCGCAUCAUAUUUUACAGAGAUGGAGUGAGCGAGGGACAGUUUUACCAAGUCCUGUUGUUUGAGCUUGAUGCAAUCCGGAAGGCUUGUGCAUCUCUUGAACCCAAUUAUCAGCCUCCUGUGACUUUUGUGGUGGUCCAGAAACGUCACCAUACUAGGCUCUUUGCCAGUAACCACCACGACAAAAGUUCUGUUGAUCGUAGUGGCAACAUAUUACCUGGCACAGUUGUGGAUUCUAAGAUUUGUCAUCCCACUGAGUUUGACUUCUACCUUUGCAGUCAUGCUGGUAUUCAGGUAAACUCUUGUUUCUUUUGUUGGUAUAGUAAAAGUUGGGUUAUUAUUGUAUUCUUAUGUCAAAUUGAUUUUCAGGGUACUAGCCGUCCAGCUCAUUACCAUGUCCUAUGGGAUGAGAAUAAUUUCACUGCUGAUGCUUUGCAAAGUCUAACCAACAACUUGUGCUACACAUAUGCUCGAUGCACCAGGUCUGUCUCGAUCGUGCCUCCUGCAUAUUAUGCUCAUUUAGCUGCUUUUCGCGCGAGGUUCUAUAUGGAACCUGAGACUUCAGACAGUGGGUCUAUGACUAGUGGUGCUGUGUCUCGUGGUGGGAUGGGAGCUGCAGCAGGACGUAGUACUCGCGCACCUGGAGCUAAUGCUGCCGUGAGACCUCUGCCUGCAUUGAAAGAGAAUGUCAAGAGGGUUAUGUUCUAUUGCUGAGGAUGCUUGAAGUUGGCUGAAGAAUUUGGUUAUGCUUUGAAUUAUGAAAUGUUUUGAAUUGAAUUAUGCUUUGAAUUAUGAAGUGUUUUGAAUUAAGUUUGUUUGGAUUACUGUUGAAUUUGAAACAAUGUUUGAAUUUAUUAACAAGUAUGUUUGGAUUUUAAUUUUGAUGGUAAUGUUACUAUCAAUGUCAUUGUAUGGUGCUC